CAUCCAUAAAUGAAAGUCCAAACAGGAAACCGUGUGAAUGAAGCUAUCACAUACGAUGAAUACGCUACAGCUGCAUUGAAGAGUGACUACUAGAGUUGGCAACCUAUCACUGUAAUAAACCAUCAAGCACCGGCCGCGCCAAACACUCUCCCACCCUUUUAGCUAACGACAAUCUUGACGUGAUUCAACCUCCUAAUACCACGUGUAACCUUUUCAUUCCUCAUACUUUUUCAGCCUCUUGCGUUCUUAAGCUUCAACUUUCUUCCCCCUUUUCCUCUGUUUCAUCACUACUUCAGAAUUUUGCUUCUCUUCCUCAGAUCCAAUUCUAGAAUAUUCCACACCCAUGGGAGAAAAGGAAAAGGUAACCACCAUAAUGAAACUCAAAGUUGAUCUUCAGUGCAAUAAAUGCUACAAAAAAGUCAAGAAAGUUCUCUGCAAAUUCCCUCAAAUUCAAGACACGGUGUUUGAUGAGAAGAACAACUUCGUAAUAAUCAAAGUGGUUUGUUGUAGCCCUGAGAAGAUCAGAGACAAGAUUUGUUGCAAAGGGUGUGGUGUCAUCAAAAGCAUAGAAAUUCUAGAACCUCCCAAACCCAAACCUAAAGAACCAGAAAAACCCAAGGAGCCCGUCAAGCCUAAAGAGCCUGAAAAGCCCAAAGAGCCAGAAAAACCCAAACAACCAGAAAAGCCAAAAGAACCUGAGAAACCAAAAGAGCCUGAAAAACCCAAGGAGCCUGAGAAGCCAAAAGAAUUGCCUCCUCCACCGCCGGGGCCCAAGCCCGAGCCGCCAAAAGAACCUGCAAAACCACCACCGCAGCCGGAGUACAUACCGGGACCGCCACCGUCGAUUCCGGUAUGUCCUCCGCAGAUGGUGGUUCCGAUUGGGGUAUGUUGUGGAUCAUGCUAUGAAGGUCGGGAAGGUGGGCCAUGUUUUCAAGGUUACGGUGGUGGGCCACCACAAGUGAGUUGUUACGAUGGGUACUACGGAAGACCGAUUUAUGAUAGUUACGGUGGUGGCAGACCUUGUUACGUGAGUCGUUGUGAUGAAUAUUUAUGUGAAGAAAAUGCAUCUGGUUGCACAAUUAUGUGAUGAUCUCAUUUUCCAAAUAUGUCACUAGUGGCCAACUGUUGGUUAUCCGUGUAACUGUCACGACACUACCUAAUAUUUGUCAUAGGUGGUUCAUUUUCAUCAUCAAAAUCAUGGAGUAGUUUUUGCUUUGGUACAUUAGUAGUACACGUUAAUAAAGGGAUUUGGCAGAAAGUAAUUGUAUACGAUGGAGUUGGAGGGGAUUAUAUAUAGAAUAAAUAAACGCAUUCUAUAUACUAA